GCGCUUUCCGGAGGAGGGGUGUGGGGGCUGGAGGCGGGGACGCGAGGCUGCGGGCGUGGCCGGGGGCGCGCGCGGCGGACGCGCGGUCCCAAGUGAAAGGAGAAGGAGGGGCGGCGGGGGUGACGGUGCGAUAGCCGCUGGCAGCGCCGGGGCGGUAGUCGGCGGCCGGGGCCGAGGAGAAGGUGGGCCAGAGGCCAGGUCAGCUGCCCCGACCCUCGGACGCAGCCCCAGAGCCAGGGGCAGCGGUUUCUGGUGAGGCGGGGAGGCGCUGCCAAGCCCCAGCUGGGGAAGAUGUUCAACGUGGAGUCGGUGGAGCGGGUGGAGCUGUGCGAGAGCCUUCUCACUUGGAUCCAGACAUUUAAUGUGGAUGCACCAUGCCAGACCGUGGAAGAUUUAACGAAUGGGGUUGUGAUGGCCCAGGUUCUUCAGAAAAUAGAUCCUUCAUAUUUUGAUGAAAAUUGGCUGAACAGAAUCAAAACUGAAGUAGGAGAUAAUUGGAGGCUAAAGAUAAGCAAUUUAAAGAAAAUUUUAAAGGGAAUCCUGGAUUAUAAUCAUGAGAUUUUAGGACAGCAAAUUAAUGACUUUACCCUUCCUGAUGUGAAUCUUAUUGGAGAACAUUCUGAUGCGGCAGAGCUCGGAAGGAUGCUUCAACUCAUCUUAGGCUGUGCUGUGAAUUGUGAACAGAAGCAAGAGUACAUCCAAGCCAUUAUGAUGAUGGAGGAAUCUGUUCAACAUGUUGUCAUGACAGCCAUUCAAGAGCUGAUGAGUAAGGAAUCACCUGUCUCUGCUGGAAAUGAUGCCUAUGUUGACCUUGAUCGCCAGUUGAAGAAAACUACAGAGGAACUAAAUGAAGCUUUGUCAGCAAAGGAAGAAAUUGCUCAAAGGUGCCAUGAGUUGGAUAUGCAGGUUGCAGCAUUGCAAGAGGAGAAAAGUAGUCUCUUGGCAGAGAAUCAGGUAUUAAUGGAAAGACUUAAUCAAUCUGAUUCUAUAGAAGAUCCUAACAGUCCUGCAGGAAGAAGGCAUCUGCAGCUCCAAACUCAGCUGGAACAACUCCAAGAAGAAACAUUCAGACUAGAAGCAGCCAAAGAUGAUUAUCGUAUACGCUGUGAAGAGUUAGAAAAGGAAAUCUCUGAACUUCGGCAACAGAAUGAUGAACUGACCACUUUGGCAGAUGAAGCUCAGUCUCUAAAAGAUGAAAUAGAUGUUCUUAGACAUUCUUCUGAUAAAGUGUCUAAACUAGAAGGCCAAGUGGAAUCAUAUAAAAAGAAGCUAGAAGAUCUUGGUGAUUUGAGGCGUCAGGUUAAACUCUUAGAAGAAAAGAAUACUAUGUAUAUGCAGAACACUGUCAGUCUAGAGGAAGAGUUAAGAAAAGCCAAUGCAGCUCGAAGUCAACUUGAGACAUAUAAGAGACAGGUAGUAGAACUACAAAAUAGAUUAUCUGAAGAAUCGAAGAAAGCAGAUAAAUUAGAUUUUGAAUAUAAGCGGCUAAAAGAAAAAGUUGACAGUCUUCAAAAAGAAAAGGAUAGGUUAAGAACAGAAAGGGAUUCUCUGAAGGAAACCAUUGAAGAGCUUCGUUGUGUACAGGCUCAAGAAGGACAACUCACAACUCAAGGGUUAAUCCCUCUGGGAAGUCAAGAAUCUUCAGAUAGUCUGGCAGCAGAGAUUGUUACACCUGAAAUCAGGGAGAAACUUAUUCGUCUUCAGCAUGAGAAUAAGAUGUUAAAAAUCAACCAAGAGGGUUCAGACAAUGAAAAAAUCGCCUUAUUGCAGAGUCUUCUGGAUGAUGCAAAUCUCCGCAAGAAUGAACUGGAGACAGAGAACAGGUUGGUGAAUCAAAGACUUCUGGAAGUACAGUCACAAGUUGAAGAAUUGCAAAAAUCUUUACAGGAUCAAGGCUCAAAAGCAGAAGAUGCUAUUUCAGUUCUUCUAAAAAAGAAGCUUGAAGAACAUCUGGAGAAGCUUCAUGAAGCCAAUAAUGAAUUGCAGAAGAAGAGAGCCAUUAUUGAAGAUCUUGAACCACGAUUUAAUAACAGCUCCUUAAAAAUUGAAGAAUUACAAGAAGCUUUACGGAAGAAAGAAGAGGAAAUGAAGCAAAUGGAGGAACGGUAUAAAAAAUACUUAGAGAAAGCCAAAAGUGUUAUCCGUACUCUAGACCCUAAGCAGAAUCAAGGAGCCGCACCAGAAAUACAAGCUCUUAAAAAUCAGCUUCAGGAACGAGACCGACUCUUCCAUUCUUUAGAGAAAGAAUAUGAGAAAACAAAGAGUCAAAGAGAAAUGGAGGAGAAAUACAUUGUUAGUGCCUGGUACAAUAUGGGAAUGACCCUGCAUAAAAAGGCGGCUGAAGACAGACUUGCUAGUACAGGUUCAGGGCAGUCAUUUCUGGCUCGGCAAAGACAAGCAACCAGCACAAGAAGAUCUUAUCCGGGCCAUGUUCAACCAGCCACAGCAAGGUAGACAAGUCUUGCCAUCAGAAUAAAAAAAAAAAAAAAAACCGCCCUGCAUUCAAAGCAUACUUCUGUUACAUAUGAUGACAUUUCAGGAAAUUCAGCCAGCUUAUUUUUGUCUUUUAUGUUGAUAUUUAGUUGUUUCUCAUUUGAGGACUUUCUCUCUCCUGUGUCUAUAUUUUAGUUUCUUGGUUCUUUAUUUUGUAGUCCUUUCGGUUCCUUUUAAUGUGCCAAAAAUUUUUAAAUGCCCGAUUAAAAGUGUUGUAUAAUAGUGUAGUACUUUUCUUUGUAUGAAAACGUCCUUUCCCCAAUUGUGUAGGCUUUGUAAUGAAUUAGAUUUUCUGCCAAUAAUUGAUAUACAAUUUAUAUUCUUUA